UGUUUAGCCGCCUCUGCCACUGCAAAAUGCGAUCUUCAGUUGUGUGGAUCGAUUAAUGUAAGCUACCCAUUUUGGAUAGACGAUCCAAGUUGUGGGUACCCUGGUUUUCAGAUCAAAUGCAUGGGGAAGGAGAAUGAGAAUGGGAAUUCUAGCAAGGGGUUCGCUCCAUUUCUUGGUGCUCUUGUGAAUGGUGCGGAUACGGACUUAGACAUCCUGCACAUCAAUUACACGGGCUCUCUGAUCAUAAAUUCCACUUCUCUAAAAGCCAUGUCGUGUAAUGGAACAGAUGAUGCCUUUGUGCAGUUCAAGUUACCUGCAGAUGGGCCCUUCACCAUUUCCUCCAUCAAUAAAUUCGUGGUCGUUGGUUGCAACUCAAUCGGCUCUUUCACUCUUUAUGGUGGGGAGGGGAAAUGUAAAGCUGCCUGUCUAAAUCAAUAUGACCCCAAAUACUGCAACAGCUAUGGGUGUUGUGAAGUUGGUAUUCCAGGAAAUAAGAGGACCAUAAAUUUCACCGGUGGGGGAAUUAGCUAUAACGACUUUGCAGGAGUGUGCGGUUUCUCUACUCUUCUCGAUCCACUUACUUGGGAGUUACAGGAACACGAAUUUAAUCAGUUGGGUAGGGGACAUUACGGCCUCCUCCUCGAUUGGGGCAUCGAUCAUGGAAAUUGCUCAAUUGUCAAAGGAACAGCCAAUUACUCUUGUGCCAAUAAAGCCGAGUGCAUCGACUCUCUAACAGGGGAUGCCCACUCAUGCAGAUGUGUUCCAGGCUAUGAAGGGACCGGUUACUCUAACGGCACCGGUUGCACAUAUGUGCCCAAGUGCAGUCGCAGAGAUUUGAAUCAGUGCGUUGAAUCAUCAGCUACUGGAGUAUGUAUUGAUUUGCCUGGUUCUUACAAUUGUUCAUGUGAAAUGGGUUAUGGCGGAGACGGAUUUCAAAACGGGACAAGAUGUUAUCUCCGUUAUGGGUUUGCAGGCGGAAGUUUCAAACCUUCGGGUAUAGGUAAGCAUGACGUACGUUAUAAUUAUAAUUAAAGAUGAGGCUACACGCGUACGUUUGAAAGCUUCGGCUAUAGGUAAGCAUGACGUACGUUAUAAUUAUAAUUAAAGAUUACAUGGAUAUUAGUUUUGGUAUUUCUGAUAUUUGUAUUUGAUUAUUUAUUUGCAUUGCUUUCCUUUGGAGUUAUAUUCAUGGGUAGUUUGUAAUUAUCAUUUAA